GUUGGAAGCAGCUGGCUGCUGCUGGGGCGCCCAGCGGAGCAGCAUGGGAAGAGGCAACACAAAAGUUGAAGACGCUUUGCGUAUCAGAGCAGGAAACGUUUCAAGAGACGCAGCUGUUCCACUUAUCCUGUGUCUGGGGUUUCCUUUUUAGAUUGUUAAACAUUAGCAUUCUGGAGCAAUCUGCAUUCGGGUUCUGAAGUGAGAAGCUCUACAAAGGAAAAGUUGGGCUUUGACCGGUGGCAGGUCCAAAGGGGGAUCAAAGUACAAUGCCAGGCAUCCCCCUGCAAAAUGGAGGGAGUGGUGGCAUCACUUCCAGUGCUGAACAAUCAGAGAACCAAGCCACUGUUUGGCGGCGCCAUGAUGGCGGCUUUCCCAGACAGGUUCAAAGAUGUGAGCGAUUUCCGGGAUGUUCCGGACCAUCAAGAGGUCCUUUCUGAUGAGGCCCAUGAUGAAAGCAUCAUCAUUGAGCUUCUGGAAUUGAAGGAGGAAGCACAGGACCAAGAUGGCGCUCGCUGGUUCCUGACAGACUUGGCAGGCGAAAUGGAAGCAGCUCCGGGAAGUAGACUCGACUCCGUUUCGCCACUCAGCGCCGUCGAUGUCCCUUUCCUCGACCCCCUGAUCCCCAAGUCCGCUGCCUUCGGAACUAUGGCUGUUUCGAAGUAUCGGCAAGGCCCAGAGGCGCAAAACCUAGUCAAGGUUCAUCUGGCUCACCUCCGUCUCCGAAAUGUUGGUACAGACGUCCUUGUCACCGUGUACGAGCCUCUUGUCAUCAGCGAACAAAGCGAGAGUGCGCGCGCGGUGACCGCCACUGGAGCAAAUAUGGAGCCGCGGCAGAGCGCUCUUGAAGUCUUCCGGACGCUGCUGGCCACUCUCCGGGUGGUUGACUGGAGUCUUUUCGGUCACUGAUCAGAAGUGUUUGUUUCUUAUUAUUGGGCCCUGAGAGAUCGGACCGCCGUACGUGGCGGUUUGGCUUAUAUAAUGCGAGAUUUUGUAAAAGCUGUCAAUGUACGUUGAUCAAUCAUUGCUGUGUUUGCUUGUUAGUGGAUCCUUUAUGUGUACGUCCGGUCGAUAGAACAUCAGCUAUAGAGUGAGUCAGAGUAUAAACUCGGUGUUCUCUUGUAAUUUGUCAUCUCAGCUUGCCAUAGCUCGAUCCCGACUUCGUCAAAGGUACUAAUGUCUAGUCGUAGUGCAGUCGUUCUUUCAAUGCACUCGUGCUAAGCAGCCCCGUUGCUUGAAAUCUGGCAGGGCGGUCAAGUUUGGCUUUACGAAUUGCUGCCCUGAGGCACAUGUGGCUUUGUUGCCUUGGUGGUCGCAUGGUAGCCGUCAUAAAGUUGCAUGACUUUUGAGGCGAAUCGACGCGUUAAAAAGAUUGCGAC